AUGUGCGGUGCUCUUGUCGAAUACCAAGGUCAUGUCGCAACGAUCGGGCUCACGUUGGAGAUUGACGGGAAGGACCUCCUUAUGACUGUUGAGCAUCUCUUCAACCAAGCAUUUGGGAAAGAAACCCUAGAAGAUGACGUGGAAACAACAAGCGAAAUCGGUGAUGAUGGUCUCGACGAGCUUGAGAUCGGUCGUUUCUGGAUCAAUGACAGCGAUGAUGACUCUACGAAUAACGACUCUAGCGACGAAUACUGGGAUGACCAAGAUGACGGUACCAAAGAAGGAGUUGAGAAUGAAGACUCAAGCAAGAUCGAGACUUCUGUCAUUCGUGACAAUGAAUCAAUCACAAUCUCAAGAACGGCGGGGCCAACCAGCAAGGGCAAGGCUCCCGAGCUUCUUGGCCUUCGGGACUUGGUCGAGCGGGUUACCACCUCCCACAAGUUGCCAGCAACGAGCCCUUUUUUGGACUGGACGUGCCUCAGUAUGGAUGACGAGAUCCUUGGACCAAAACGGUGUAACUACAUUCAUCGACCAUCUCCAAGCCUGUUGCGAACUGUGGCCACCAAUCCUCCGAGCCAUGCCAAUCAGAUCCUUAUGGUGUCGGGCAUAUGCAACCUCAAAGAAGGGAUACUGCUAGGCAGAUCAAGCUAUCUAGGGUCUCGCCCUGGACAAGAACUAUGCGAGGUCUGGAACGUGGCAUCCUGCCCGGCGAAUGCGGCUCAAUCAUUAUCGACAGGAAAACAUACGAAGUAUACGGGUAUCUAG